AUGGCUAAAUCUUCAGAAGGAGGAAUCGGCAUAAAAAUCUACACCUCCUCCCCACAACUCGACCCGCCGCCGCUCUACCCUUCCUCGCCGCCGCCCUCCGCCGCCUCCCCACCACUCACCGCCGCCGGACGGAAAAGGCGCGCAGUGGCGAGCGGCGUCCAGAAAACGCUCUCGAAAACCUCUCUGCUCGCCAACUUCCUCCCGACCGGAACCCUCCUCACAUUCGAGAUGGUCCUCCCAUCGAUCUCCUCCAACGGGGAGUGCUCCGCCGUGACGAACCACAUGAUAUACUCCCUGCUCCUCCUCUGCACCCUCUCCUGCUUCUUCUUCCACUUCACCGACUCUUUCCGGGGGCCCGACGGGAAGCUCUACUACGGGUUCGUCACCCCGAACGGGCUGGCGGUUUUCAAGGCGGGCCUGGGCGUCGACGUGCCCAAGGACGACAAAUUCAAGGUUGGGUUCAGUGAUUUUGUGCACGCGAUGAUGUCCGCGCUCGUGUUUGUCGCUAUCGCUUUGUCGGACCACCGGGUCACGGGUUGCGUUUUUCCGGGUCACGGGGCGGAGUUGAAAGAAGUGAUGCAGAGUUUCCCGUUGAUGGUCGGGAUUAUUUGCAGCGGCCUUUUUCUUGUUUUUCCGACUACUAGGUACGGUAUUGGCUGUGUCUCUGCUUGAAUUUUUUUUUUUUGAUUCUCUAUCUAUAUAUAGCCGUUGGAUCUUCAGUAUUAUGUAAGAAUUUCAUGCAUCAAUGACGGGUCGGGUCGGGUCAGGUCGCCGGUAAUAAGCCUGCUGUAUUUUAUUUCUAUAUUUGUUUUUGUUUGAAGAUUGGAGGGUGAUGUACUUUGGUUUGUAAUAGGAAAUAUAUAUAUGUAUUAUGGUAAAUUAAAUUAAAUAAUAUCUACAAUAA